CUCGUAAUGCCGUUCGGACUCACCAACGCACCAGCAACGUUCCAAGCUGAAAUGAACCAUAUUCUAUGCCCACUCUUGGAGGAAGGCGUAGUGGUAGACCUGGAUGACAUCCUCAUCUAUUCGCGCGACAUGCACCAACACGUCCAACACCUACGACGCGUCUUCGACAUUCUCCGACGAGAACGAUUCUACGUCAAGUUAUCCAAGAGAGAAUUCGCCCUCGAGAAAGUCCAAUUCCUAGGACACAUGGUGAGGGCUCAAGGAGUUCACGUCGACCCCAAGAAGAUCAAAGCCGUACGCACGUGGAAGACACCCGAGAACGUGACUGAAGCAGCAAGCAUAAAAAAAGCAGGACUGCUACAGCCUCUUCCUGUCCCAGAACAACCAUGGCAAGUGGUUAGCCUGGAUUUCAUAACCGGGUUACCAACUACCACAAGCGGUCAUGACGCAAUCCUCGUCGUCAUCGUCAAAUUCUCCAAAAUGGGACACUUCAUCCCGACACACACGACAGCACGCACCGAAGAAACAGCACAACUAUUCGUUCGCUACUGCAUCUCUCAACAUGGCAUUCCAACCACACUCAUCUCUGACCGAGACCCCAAGUUCACCAGCAAGUUCUGGAAGGAACUAAUGUCUCUACUCGGAACCAAACUCCCCUUGUCAUCCGCCUACCAUCCGCAGACAGAUGGACAGACCGAGCACCUCAACCAAAUUGUAGAGCAACUCCUCUGCGCAGCAUGCAAAGACGACAUCUCUAAAUGGACUUGCAUCUGUCCAUCGUGGAGUUUGCCUACAACAACGUCACUCACGCCGCUACUGGACAGACGCCGUUCUUCCUCUGCUACGGACGCCACCUGCUCACACCACAAAAACUGACAGCAUCAGCUACAGUUCAACCCGCACAC